GGUAUCUUUGCUGUGAUUUUUUGCAAAAUAGAUCUUAGUAUUGUCCAAUCUCCACAAACCUAGGUGCGCACAUACUUACCCUUUCUUGUUGUGGGUAGGAUAAUCUGAUCUACUAUCUACUUCUCCUUCACGUCCGCAAACCCUGUUUACCGGAAUAAGCAUGGGCGUACCAGAAUCUUUGGAGUAUUGACGGUACAGCUGGUCUGGGAAUGGAAUCAUACCGCGGAAAAUACCUGCAUAUUUACUGUCCAGUAAAGAUAGAUGAUUUCAAGCCAUUCUUUUCUAUUUAAAGACCCCAUCCUAUGUUGCUUCACAAUAAUUCACCCAAUUCCCUUGGUCUAUUCCUAAAAAUUAGGUUUCCCUGAUUCCUCACCCUCGAGCUCAAAUAUGCAGCUCUCCGUAGCGAGUUUGCUUUUCAGCACGCUCACUGUAGCCCAGCAGGUGUAUAUACCUGGAGCGAACCCUACCACACGUUCAUAUUGCAAUGCAUCACCUACUCCCAUGACCAGCCCAUCCGGGACACCAACAUACAAGACCAGCUCCUUUUCCUACACCUUGACGGAAACUACUCGAACAGCCAUUUCCGUCACUCCUGGACCACAAACCACCCAUGGCUUGCCAUACGCAUCCGUGAGCAGCCUUUUCGGAAACGUAUCGACAACUUCUUGGGGAAACUGGUAUCCCAAUGGUACCAAACAGACUGAUACAGCCAAUCCCUACGGAAACGCAGCUUGGUCAUCUCUUUGGGAUGCGCUACCUACUGGCAUCAUCGCCAACUUCACCAGAGGAAUUUACACCACGACUGUUUCCCCCACCCCCAUCCCCACAAGCGAGCUAAUCUUGCCACCUCCCCUCGACUAUGAUCCACAAGACUGCUACUAUUUCCCCGAAGACUUUGUCUUCGGUGUCACAGGGGCAGCAGCUCAAGUCGAAGGUGCCAUUGCGGAUGAAGGAAAAGCUCCUACAACCGCAGAAAUGCGCACUUUAAUUUCGCAAUCCAUUCCCGCCGCAUAUCUCUCCUAUGUUUAUCCCGACGGACAAGUCACCAACGAUUUCAGCGCCGUAGAGAAUUACUACCUGUACAAACAAGAUAUUACACGAUUAGCGAGCGCUGGAGUGAAGUAUUACGCGUUCAGUAUAUCUUGGGCCCGUAUCAUGCCAUUCGUGCUACCUGGCACACCAGUCAACUCUCAGGGACUCCAGCAUUAUGACGAUCUUAUCAAUUUUAUCAUCGAAGCGGGUAUGCAGCCGGCGGUGACGCUGCUUCAUAACGAUUCUCCUUUGCAGUGGUUUGGAGACGAUCCAGUUACGGAGCUUUUGGAGAGAUCUUAUACCCUUGGUUCCAACCAAGGUUUUCAGAGCACAUACAAGAAUGUCACUUUUCAAGAUGCAUAUGUAAAUUAUGGAAAGAUUGUCAUGUCGCAUUUCGCGGAUCGCGUGCCGAUUUGGAUUUCGUUCAACGAACCUCUACAAUCGUGUAUCAAUGGGAAAUCGUUUGACGCAGUCAUAAAAUCGCAUGCGAGACUCCAUCAUUUCUAUCACGAUGUGUUGAAUGGGACCGGGAAAAUGAGUUUGAAGAUAGGUGGUACGCCUGGCGUUCCUCUUGAUCCUACAAAUGUUACACAUGUUGCUGCUGCCGAGCGAUAUAAUGAUCUCGGUUGUGGCGUGUUUUUAAAUCCCCUUACGGGUCAGGAUUAUCCGGAUGCAGUAAAGGAGACUUGGCAGGACUAUGUCCCAUUAAGCGAUUCGGAUCUUCAAUAUCUCAACGGCACACUUGGUAUCCCUCCCCUCUAUCCCGUUCAUUCUCCCAUCCACAUUCUAACCAACUUUAUAGAUUUCGUCUCGGCAGAUCUAUAUAGCGUUCAGAUCGUCGCUCCAUUGCUCGACGAGGCCGGCACAAAGACAUGCGGUCUAGACAAUUCAACUGAUAAUACAUUGUAUCCCAACUGUGUAGAACUAUCCGAAAUCACCGCCAACGGCUGGAGUUUUGGUUAUCACCCUGACUAUUUGAUGUGGAAUACCGGUGUAUAUCUACGAACCCAGCUCGGUUAUUUCUGGAAUACCUACGGUCUCCCAGUCGCAAUCACCGAAUUUGGUCUCCCGAGUCCACCACGUACUGGUGAAACGUAUAAUGACAUGGCUUUUGAUGUCGAUCGUUCGGAAUACUAUAUCAAGUAUAUGAGUGAAGUGCUUAAGGCUAUUUGGGAAGAUAAUGUACAUGUGAUGGGUGCUUUCAUGUGGAGUUGGGUUGACAACUGGGAAUGGGGAACCUAUUACCAUCAUUUUGGUGUUAUGGGGAAUAAUUUGACUUCUCAAGAAAGAUUUUACAAGCGUAGUCUUUUUGAUAUUAUAGAUUUCAUGGAGAAGAGAGCUACAUCAUCGUCGGAGAAUACCACUGGGACGGUGAAGUUUUAAAUUAAUCACCCGAUGGCUAAGUUUGAAAGGGAGUUUAAUUUGGUAUCCCUUUAGGAGGCUAGGGACAUGAAGACUGAAUGUAGGGUAAAGGAUAGCCUAGGGUGUGAAAAAAGAUUUGAUUUUUUUGAUAUCAUUUGAUACGCUAAUACUAACUCCUAUACACCUAACUCCUAUACA